AUGGCGAGGCAAGGUGUAGCCUCCAGCAUGUUUGCCAUGGCAUUGCUCCUGGGGAUCAUUGCUUCCGCUCCCCAAAGCGUUGACUCCAUUGGGGUGUGCUACGGCAUGAGUGGCAGCAACCUCCCGCCGGCGAGCACCGUCGUCGGCAUGUUCAAGUCGAACGGCAUCAAGGCGAUGCGGCUGUACGCGCCGGACAAGGCAGCGCUCCAGGCCUUGAACGGCACCAGCAUCGGUGUCCUCGUCGGCGCGCCGAACGACGUGCUAUCCAACCUCUCCAGUAGGAAGGCCGCCGCCUCCUGGGUCCGCGACAAUAUCCAAGCCUACCCCUCGGUCAUGUUCCGCUACGUCGCCGUCGGCAAUGAGGUGGCCGGCAAGCCGGCGGACCUUCUUGCUCCGGCGAUGGAGAACGUCCACGCCGCGCUCGCGGCGGCCAAGCUUGGGCACAUCCAGGUGACCACGUCGGUGUCGCAGGCGAUAGUGGGCGUGUUCAACCAGCCCUCUGCCGCCAAUUUCACCAAGGAGGCGCAGGGGUUCAUGCGCCCGGUGCUGCAGUUCCUGGCGCGCACCGGCGCGCCGCUCAUGGCCAACAUCUACCCCUACUUCACCUACGCCUACAACCCGGGCGACAUGGACAUCCGCUACGCGCUCUUCACGGCUCCGGCCACCGUGGUGAAGGACGGCAAGUACAAUUACCAGAACCUCUUCGACACGACCAUCGACGCAUUCUAUGAGGCCAUGUCCAAGCUCGGCGUGUCCAAUGUGUCGGUCCUGGUGUCGGAGACGGGGUGGCCGUCCGGCGGUGGCAAGGCGGCGACACCGGCGAACGCGAAGGUCUACAACGAGAACCUGAUCAAGCACAUAAGAGGGGGCACGCCGCUUCACCCGGACGCCAUCAAGACGUAUCUCUUCUCCAUGUUCAACGAGAACCAGAAGGCCAAGGGCGUGGAGCGGAAUUGGGGUCUCUUCUACCCAAACAUGAAGCCCGUCUACCCAAUCAGCUUGGAAGUAACUCCGGAUCCUGAUUCACCAGCUCCAGCGCCGGAUCCUGAAUCUCCAGCUGCAGCUCCUGAUUCUUAUUAG